AUGGCACUAUCCUACACGGAUACAGAAGCUGUGCAAGCUCAAAAGAUUGAUAAUGCAGAGGAAGAGCGCCAACAUCUACCGUGGCGCCUCACACUGCACUUCUCUGGCUUCCCUUUCGAACAGCUCGUUCAACUCGACAAUGACGACAAGCAUAUGCAUGAUCUGUUUAUUCAUAGUGUCAAGGAGGCGGACUACCUCAGAACAGGAACAGGAAAGACAGUCAUGUUUUUGAGCAAAGAGGACAGCACACAGCUUUGGAAUGGAGUGAAGAACCACGACUUUGCGUUGUACAAUCCCAUCAACCAAAAGCUGCUGAAUCCGCAAGGAGUCAACCUAAGACAUCUGCCGGUCAGGCUGUAUCUCCCACAUGCGUCGUCCGAAGGGGUUCAAGAAGAAACGGCACCAGGGAGUUUGAGAAUUGUGCAGAGGCUGGUGACGCCAAAUCUGUCGUCUAGGCAACCACAGACCAUCGGGACAGCAUUGAACCAGAUAUUGCCGACACUGUUUCCGAGCAGACGAAGUCCGCUACUGGCACAGGCAGUGCUGCACGGUGCCGUCUUACCGCUGGGGGCGAGUGUGGAGGAAUUGGUUCGGGCGACAGCAUAUCUUGACGGGUGGCUGCACAUAGCUGUUGUUAUGAUGGCCUGA